AUGUUAACAUCUUCAAAGGUAAUUAGCAGAUGGGCUACUGACGUGUACGAAACUUCUAAAGUUCUGGUCGAGAAGAUAGACGAAAGUCUAAAUAAGUCUAUGGAAGCAAUGAAUCAAUCACUAAUCGAUAUAAAAGAAUAUGAAAAAACAAUUGAACAGACAUUCACAUUGGUUGAAAACAAGACGAUUGAACUGCAAACAAAUCUUGUUGGUAUUUUUGUGGAAAAGAGUGAUACGCAUCAUGUCAGCGAUAUGUUAGGCUACACAUUCUUGAUCCCGCUUACACUGGUCGGGCUUUCAUUUCUUGGGCUAACCAUGAUAGCUAUAAGUUGGACAUUCUACAUGAGUCAACAUCGUCAUGAUGCUCUACAAUCACGACGUGGAGCUGUAUCCAUUGUUGCUGCUUCGAUCCUAGCUACUGCCGGCUACACUGCUAUGCUAGUAGGAGCAUUGCUUUGCGUACUGGCAGCGUAA